AGAGCUUCAAUGACUGUGUCUUUUAUACAAACGUAUCUUUGGUCGUUCUGCUAGCAGAAGAUGGCGUUCGGAGACUAUCCUUUGGAAUAUGAUCCAAAAGUUCAUGGUCCGUAUGACCCAGCCCGUUAUUACGGGAAACCGGACACACCGUUCAGUCAGCUGAAGCUGAACGAGAUUGGAUCAUGGUUCGGGCGCAGGAACAAGACUCCGUCAGCAGUCGCGGGCGCUUUUAGCAGGGCGUUCUGGCGCUGGCAGCACAAGUACUGCCAGCCCAAGCGUGCCGGCGUCGCGCCCUUCUUCCACGUCAUCUGGUGCUCCAUGGCGCUGUUCUACUUCAUGAACUACGGCAAGAUGGUCCGUCACCGCAGCUACAAGUACCACUGGUGAAGAGCUUGCGUUGUACAGCACGUAGCAGAGCCAAGCACGUAGCCCAGGAGUUAGCAUCGCUCUGUAAUCAAUGUUGGUUGAGCUUCAAUAAAUACCUUUCCUGUU